AAUAAAACGGGUAAAAUAAUGUGAUAUUUUCUCAUUUGAAUAAUUACAUUCCCUCUUGAGGUGCAUUAGGACUAAAUCUGGAAGAAAGAAAAAAAGAAAAGAAAGAAGGAAAAAAACCCAAAAAAAACUGAUGCAGGCCUCCUUGUUGACACAGCGGCUGCUCGGUGGCGGUUUCUCCCACAUGACUUGAACGCGGCAUCAGAUGAUGAGAGCGGGUCAGGCAGGUGUGGUCGGCAGGGAGACAUUCCGACCGGAGCCGUGAUCCAGAUCCAGCGGGCUGCACCGGGACUCAACCAGCGUGUUAACGCAGGGGGCCGGAACCAUGAGCCACCUACCGAACACAGAACCUUCCAGAUAACCGAACACCUUGCAGGCUGAAGCCCUCCUGGGAUGAAACUGGGAACCAGAGGAACUAAAGGGAUCGAACUCAAAGGGACCUCUGCAGAUGUGACACUGCUUUUUUAAAAUACUGGGAUGGAGUUCAGGGUAAUAACUGAUAACAACUGGAUUAAUGAUCAGUGCAUCAGCAACAAAAUGCCAAACCCGGAGAUGUGAGGACUUGCUGUGGGAGUGUUACUGCUGCACUGAUACAACAGAGCUGGAAAUCCCCUGCAGGAGAGUCACUGGGUGGAACUGGAACUAAGGUGGAACCACGCAGCCGCUCUCGGCCGUCAAGCAUGAAUCAUAAGUGCACAGCUCUCCAGAAGUGCUACACAUUCUGCCGGCUGCUGCGGUUUCACCCUGAAACCAACCAGGAUGAUGUGAACGCCUGAACUGAAACUCAGAAAGUGCAACUGGAAAUGUUCUGGCAGGAGAAACGCUCCUGUGCUGCUCUGAGCUGGUAGCAACUACACAAACUCUGCAUGUUCGCUAGGAGAGAAGGAAUCGUCGCCUCCUCCUAUGAAACUGGUUUUACUUGGAAGUUGAGUUUGAGGCGUCCAGAUGGCAGGAAAAGACUACAAUCAUCUGUUUAAGCUGCUGAUCAUCGGCGACUCCAAUGUGGGGAAAAGCAGCCUCCUGCUCCGCUUUGCAGACAAUUCCUUCUCUGGCAGCUACAUCACCACCAUCGGCGUUGACUUUAAGAUCCGGACGGUGGACAUCGACGGAGAACGAGUGAAGCUGCAGAUUUGGGACACGGCGGGACAGGAGAGGUUCAGAACCAUCACCUCAACUUACUACAGAAACACCCACGGUGUCAUCAUUGUUUACGACGUGACAAAUCCAGAGUCUUUUGUAAAUGUAAAGAGGUGGUUAAACGAAAUCUCCCAGAACUGCGACAACGUCUGCAAGAUUCUGGUGGGAAACAAGAACGACGACCCUGCCAGGAAACAGGUGGAGACCCAGGACGCUGUGCGUUUUGGGGAGUCGGUGGGCGUUCGCGUCUUCGAGACUAGUGCCAAAGAGAACGUAAAUGUAGAAGAAAUGUUCAUGGCCUUCACCCACAUGGUUCUCCGGGCCAAGAAGCAGAGCCAGAACCGAGCCGAGAGGGAACGAGAGAGGGAGAAGGACACGGUGAACAUCAACGCCCAGAGAGACCGAGACCGCAGGAAGAGAGGGAAGAAGUGCUGCUGAGGCGCCGCCCAUCCACCGACCCAAAAACAUGAACUGCAUCCGGAUCAGAUCGAAGCCUUCGGAGCGAUUCUUCAUUUACUGCAAAACCUAAAGUGAGGGAGUUUCAGUCUGCAGCACUGAAGCAUGAAGCAGCUGGGAGUUAAAGGAUCAUUCUGGUGUUUUUUCACAUGUUUAAAGGUGUUUGUUCUGCUGGUUGUGGAAGAUGGAGGCUGGAUAUCAAUGUUCUCAUCAACUCCUCACUGCACAAACGUGAUGUGAAUCUCUAGUCUUUAUCCGCGUCGAUUGUGGGGAAGUUUUGAGGGUUAAAAUAUGAAUUCCGCACAAUUUAGCAGCGUUCAAAGUCAUAUAAGAUGACGGAAACCUGAACAAAAACCCUGUCACUCUCAAUUUUUUCUGCUUCCUCAGUAAAUUUGCAGCCAUUCUGGUGAUUUUGGUGAACAAGAUAUUGAUUUUGUCUCAAGUUGGAAAUAUCAAAGGAAAUAUCAGCCUGUUUGCUUGUGGAUGUUCCUGCUUCUUGCAUGAAGGCGAACAAUCUCUAAAACAUCUAACUUCUUGUUUUCGUGCCAGCAUCAUUUUUGAUUCCUACGAAAUCUACUGGUUGCAUUUGGGAAUAAUUAUUCUGAUUUCAGUGACCUCUCAGCUCUGCACUUUGUCCUUGUCAUCUGCUGAAAAAUGGCUAAAUUAUCUCUGUGGUGGUUCUUGUGCUAGAACUGAGACAUCUGCAGAUUACUUUUGUGAUUAAUUAUUCAGAAAACUUGUUGAAUCUCUUGCUGACGUCCUCAGAUGAGUGUAACCCGGAAUAUUCAGUUUACAGUUACGUGGGCACAAAGUAAAUCCUGGAGCCUGCAGACACUCACAUAAAGGGAUUGUUUCUAUAAUACUUUGUUUUUUCUCUCAGUAACCUGAGAUGUGAGUUUUGUAAUUAUAGGAGGAGUUUGUAAACCCUCAUCUGUGUCUGUCAGGCACAAAUCUGCAUCUCUGAAAACUAAAUGACUCACCGACUUCUGCGGAGUCUGAUUAGAUCGACUGAAGCUUCUUUAUUCCUGGAUGCAUCAGUAACGCAUCUGAUAUUGAAGCAUGGCACCUUUAAAUAAUUUCAGUUCAGUGUCGGGAGGCAGAACAGCUGCAGAUGUGUAAAAAAAAAAAAAAUCCUCACAUUUAGGCUGCAGCUGAUUGUUCCCACUGUUGAUUACUGUCUGGAUUUAUCAAUUAUUUGGUCUUUAAAAGUCAGAAAAUGUUGAAAAAUGUCCAUCAAUGUUUCUCAAAGCCAGAGAAUUCCAAAGAUAUUGAGUUUAGUGUCACAGAGGAGGAAAGAAACGAUUAAAUGUUCACAUUUUAGAAGCAGCAGCCACUGAAUUUAGAAUGUUUUAAUCUAUAAAUAACUUAAACUGAUUGAUUGUCUGAAUAGUUGAGGAUAAAUUUAAUGAUCGACAACUAAGCGAUUAGUCGUGCAGCUUUACACAUGGGCUUUACUGUCUGAGUGUUUUCUCCCAAACCAAUGUUCAUAUUCGUCAGAGGAAAAUUUCAGAAAAUGUGACGUUUGAGGGCGUUUGUAGAAUAUUUGGUUUGAGUUUUUCUUUCAGAAACACCUUAAAAAUGUACCAGUGAUCCGAAAAAUUCUGUUUCAUAUUCUUAAUUAUUUUAGGUUUUGCUUUUAUGCUCCCCAGAGGAUGAAUACUUGACUUUUCUUUGUGCAGCAGAAAAAAUUAGCAACCAGAUUUCAGUUUCAACUCGACAGCUGCCUAAUAAUCAAACUAAAGGGAAUUUAAGUCGUAUGUGUUUUGUUAAAAUCUGUUUAAAUCGCUAAACUUGGGAAAACCUGAAAAUCGAGCUCUCUUUCCUGUGCCGCUACAAAAUAAAAGCAUAAAAAUGCUAAAAAUGCACAGAAUAAUCGCUGGCGUUGCCUGACAUGUGGGUUACAACAGUGAUGUUUCAUAUUUUAGUGCAAAAACACCUGAAUGUUCCUGUACCUUUAACUCCUGCUGUUUUCUGCUCAUGUUUGUCUUAAUCCAGAACACGUAUUUAACUCUGAAAGGGAACUGACGAUACUAAAACCUAACAGGAGUGAAGAGUUAAACUCCACCGUACAGUCCAAAGUGUUUUAAUGUGUUUUAAUGUAAACUGAAAUGUGUCUGAAUCUAAAUAAAGCAAUAAAGCCAG